UCUGGGAAGGUCUGCGUUCCGUUACGAAAUCGAUCUACGAAAGAUCGCGGCCGCGAGUACAAACCUACACGUCUCCCACGAAGUCAGUCCCGAAGAAUAACAAAAUACCAUUUCGGAAUGGUGUAUUUUUCGUGUCACGCUGUCAGUGUUACGGUGAAGUGAUUAAAAAAAAAUUGUGAUUAUUUUUGUGCACGUAAAUAAAUCGAGACGAAAAAAUGGAUGACAUAAAUUUCGCCGCUCAGUGUUUACUGGAGAUGUCGCACAGUAAAGACCACCUUAACCUACGUCCCCUGGAUCUAUCUAAAAAUAUAUUCCGCGAAGUUGUAUUCGUGAAUCCAGGACCUGCAGUGAUCGUUGAACAAAUACCUUUAGUCUCCCCCACAUACGUCAAAGAAGAACCAGUUACUGGGAGCACAGAAUCCUCGUCUUACAUGGUCGCCAGAAUCUUAACAGAUCUCACCAGAAUCAAGCAGGAACCCGUACCAGAAGUCCCAUCUGACAACGAAGGCAAUUUAACAAUUGACGAAGAUACUGACAAAGAAAUCAAAACUCCUGCACAACAAACUACAGAAAAACCUGCUACACCCACCGAAACAACCAAAAUUGAUUCAGUCACGCCCCCUAAGGUGCUUAAAUCUGUUGCGGUGACGCCUACUAAGGUGUCAAAAGGUGAUGGGGUUACGCCCAGUAAGAAAGUCGGAGUUGCUAGGGUGCAGGGGACUCCCAGGUUGGGAGCACAAGUGAGGAAGACACAUAAGUGUUCGUACGAUGGUUGCCAUAAGGUUUAUGGGAAAAGUUCGCAUCUUAAAGCUCAUCUCAGAACACAUACAGGUAGGUUCGGUGUUCGUUUUAAGACUAGUUCUAGAUACGUGUUGAAACAAUUUUGUUAUUAUCCAGAUAUAUUUUCUAUUGGAGCUAGCUCUCCAAAAUAA